AUGAUGAUAUUUCAAUUAGUAAGGAAUUUCCAUACUAGUCAUUUUUGUCGAGCGGCAGAAUCAUCAUUAUUGGCAAAGCUUAGGAAAAAGACUGGGUACACAAUUGCCAAUUGUAAAAAAGCUCUUGAAAUGCACAACAAUGACUCAGAUAAGGCUGAAGCAUGGCUAAAUGAUCAAGCACAAGCCAUGGGUUGGGCUAAAGCUACAAAAUUAGCUGGACGCAAGGCACUUCAGGGUUUGGUGGCUGUGAAAUUUGACAAGAAUCAUGGAGCUCUUGUAGAACUCAAUUGUGAAACAGACUUUGUAGCCAAAAAUGAAAAAUUCCAGAAAAUGCUUGAAGACGCUACAUUAGCUUGUUAUAAAUUAGCCCACACUAAUUUGAAAUCUAAAGGACCUGUAACUAAGCUGGAGUUGGACAGUGAGCAGCUGGGAAAUUUAUCAAGUGAAGGUGGUAAAAAGCUUUCUGAAAUAUUAGCACUUUUCAUUGGGUCGGUUGGCGAAAAUGCUGUUCUACGUCGAGCAGAAUGUUGGAAAACAAAUAACAAUGAUGUGAAGAUAACUGCAUAUACUCACCCGGCUCCUCCAGUAGCCAGCGACUACUCGACCGGCAAAUACGGCGCACUGCUAGCUUAUAAACAACCCAAUGAUAUGGAAGAUAUAGGAAAACAAAUCUGCCAACAUAUUGUUGGGUGUGCUCCACAGAGAAUUGGUGUCAAGCAAAAAGAUAAACCAGCAGAAAAUUCUGAUGAUGAAACUUGCCUUAUAUACCAAGAGUAUCUGCUAGACCCCUCAUUUACGGUAGAAGAGGUGCUGGAAAAGAAUAAAGUUGAAGUUAUAGAUUACAUCAGAUUCUCAUGCGGUGAAGUAGCCGAAGAAAAUAUGCCCGGAGUUGAGAAGCAACCACUAGACACAGUUCAGACUCUGCAG